CAGGCCUACAGCACCCUCAUGAGAGACCGGCUAAACCGGGAGUCGGCCCGGUGCAUCCAGCACAGCCUCUUCACCGUCUGCCUCGACGCCCCGGUGCUGAAGGUGUCGGACGAGCGCUACCCCAGCCGCGUCGCCGCCCAGAUGCUGCACGGGGGCGGCAGCUACUCCAACAGCGGCAACCGCUGGUUUGACAAGACACUGCAGUUCAUCUUGGGGGAGGACGGCGUUUGUGGGGUGCUGUAUGAACAGGCCGUGGCCGACGGAGCCCCCAUAGCAACCAUCAUCGACCAUGUCCUCGAUUACUGCAAGGACCCUGACACGGCGCGUGCCCCCAUGACGCCCCUGCCCCUCCCCCCAAAGCUGUACUUCUACAUCACCCCCGAGAUCCAGUGGGACAUCGAGCGAGCCAAACAGAACCUGGACAUCCUGAUCACAGACCUGGACAUCAGCUGUUUCACCUACCGGGGGUUCGGGCAGGGGCUCCCCAAGCGCUGGGGGCUGCGCCCCGACUCCCUCUUCCAGGUGGCGCUGCAGCUGGCCUACUACAGGACCCACGGCUCGCUCUGCGCCACCAGCGAGGUGGUGUCACUUCGCCGCUUCCACCUGGGCCGGACGGACGCCGUGCGCCCCGCGGCCCCCCCGGUGCUGCGCCUGGCCCGGGCCAUGGACACUCCCCACGGCCAGGACGCCGAGACGCUGUCCCUGCUGCAGGCGGCGGUGGAAUCUCAGAGCGCCAGGACCGAACAGGUGCUGGCCGGGCAGGGCAUCGACCGGCACCUGCUGGGACUGAAGCUGGCGGCCAUCGGGGACGGGCAGCGGCUGCCCGGGAUCUUCAUGGACACGGCCUACGCCAUCGCCACGCACUGCCGGCUGCUGACCGGCCAGGUGGCUUCGCGCUCCGACUGCCUGAUGAUCUACGGGCCGCAGGUGCCGGACGGCUACGGGGUCUGCUAUAACCCGCUGGACGCCCACGUCAACUUUGCCAUCACAGCCUUCAACUGCUGCCGUGAGACCCACGCCCAGCGCCUGGCCCGCACCCUGCAGCAGGUCCUGGACCAGCUCGCCCGCCUGCUGGGAGAGAACCCGGGGAGCGCUGACGGGGAGGGGGGCGGGGACGUGGAGGGGCAGCCCUGACGGCCCCCGCCUGCCACCACACACUCCAUCUACCCACAAUGCCCCUCUGCAGCACCCCUCGCCCCCUUACCCACAAUCCCCCUGCCCAGAACCCCUCUGACACCCCCCCAUUACCCAACAUCCCCUUCUGCGCCCCCUCGCUCCCUACCCAGAAGCCUCUAUGCAUCCCCUGCCAUCCUACCCAGAAUCCCUUUCUGUGCCCCCUCCCCUCCUUACCCACAAUCCCCUCUGCGCGGGGGCAGCCCCCCCCCCAUUCACACAGGUAAUUGGGAGACAAAUCUAACUUAUUUUCUGAUGGACGGAAAAUGAAUAAAAAUCAUGGUGCGAUUUGUA